AUGGAGUUGGAGUUGGAGUUGGAUUUGAAGGAUGCUCGAAAGAUUUGUUAUGCAAGAUUUUAUAUUGGAUAUUGGUUUGUCUAUAAUUGUCAUUUGUUUAAAUGGUUAUCUGAAUUGUUUUAUCCUAUUGUUCAGAAUGUGACCACUAGAUACAUAAUGAAAUGUGACGAUGACACCUUCGUUAGGGUGGACACUGUCCUAAAAGAAAUUGAGGGCAUCUCUCCUAAUACGUCCCUUUAUAUGGGCAAUCUCAACCUCUUGCAUCGCCCUCUCCGAAGUGGAAAAUGGGCAGUCACAUAUGAGGAGUGGCCAGAAGAAGUAUAUCCUCCUUAUGCCAAUGGGCUCGGAUAUAUAAUUUCCAGUGAUAUUGCUAAAUAUGUUGUCUCUCAACAUGGUAAUCGAAGCCUAAGGCUCUUCAAGAUGGAGGAUGUAAGCAUGGGAAUGUGGGUUGAGCAAUUUAACGGUUCCAUGGCGGCCGUCCAGUACUCCCACAACUUGAAAUUUUGUCAGUAUGGGUGCAUGGAAAACAAUUUCACUGCACAUUAUCAAUCCCUAAGGCAAAUGAUCUGUCUUUGGGACAAAUUGGCGAGGGGUCGGGCUCAGUGCUGCAACUUUAGAUGA